ACCCUCGUUCCGGGCCGCUCCGCUCCGCCUACUAAGUUUUCGAGUUCGUGGCAAGCAUCGCCAACCCCCACCACACCCCCCCGACUCCUCGUUCUCUCCCCCUAACCUCUCUCUCUCUCUCUCUCUCUCUCUCUCUCUCUCUCUCUCUCACCCCUAACCCUAACCCUAACCCUAACCCUGACCCUACGGUAAGAACCGUGUCUCCCUCCUCCUCCUCCUCCUCUCCCUCUCACUAUCGCGUGCGCCGAUCUCGCUUCACUUUGCGUCGUCUCGUCGCUGAUCCGGAUUUUUCUCGCAGCUUGCGCCAUGGCGGGGAGAUCGAAGGGCGGAGCCGCGGCGAAGAGGAAGGCGGACGAUGAGGGAAAAAAGGCGGUGAAGAGGGGGAAGAAGGCCGGGAAGGAUCCUAACCGGCCUAAGAGGCCUCCUAGCGCCUUCUUCGUCUUCAUGGAGGAAUUUAGAAAGCAAUACAAGGAGAAGAACCCUAAGAACAAACUUGUUUCCGUCGUGAGCAAAGCAGGUGGAGACAAAUGGAAAUCCAUGUCGGACUCUGAGAAGGCUCCAUAUGUAGCCAAAGCAGAGAAGAGAAAAGCGGAUUAUCUCAAGAACAUUGCCGCAUAUGACAAAAAGAAGGCUGAGGGUAGUAGUGGAGGGAAUGCGAGUAGCGAGGAGGCGGGAGAAGGAUCUGACAAGUCCAAGUCCGAGGUUGAGGACGACGAACAAGAGAGCGGAGAGGAAGAUGAGGAUGAGGAUGAUGAUUAAAUAGGUAGCAAAAGUAUUUUGAGCUAUGAGGGUAGUGAAAGGGGAAUUGGACUACUGAGGUUACAUUUCCGUUUUAGCUCUCUUAUAGGAUAAGACUCCAGUAGAUGACAAUUAGAGGUAGGAUCCUCUUUUACUAAAAUGUAGAAAAUGCUUACUGUCUUUUUGUUUGUUUUCAUGCCUCCUCCCUAGUGUUCAAAUGCUUUUGUUCACUAACUGCUAAAGAAAGGCUGCUUGUAGGUUUGGUGUUUUGAUUUUUCCUGCCUCUUUUCUUUC